CGUCGCCAACCAAACCGACGACAACCGCCGCAUAUUCUACACCUUCGACACCGUUAUGCACGGAUUCGCGGCCACAUUGACCCCGGACGAAGCCCGAAAGGUCUCUUCAACGCCCGGAGUCAUCGGCGUCUAUAACGACUACAAGGUUGAUCUCCACACGACGAGAUCCCCAGACUUCCUCGGUCUCAAUAUCGGCGACGGCCUCUGGACCGAUAGAUUUGACACUGGCAAUAAUGUCGUUAUUGGGCUCGUGGAUACGGGCGUCUGGCCUGAGAAUCCUUCGUUUGAUGAUACCGGGCUCCCUCCGGUUCCACCCGAAUGGCGAGGGGAGUGCGAAGCCGGCGAGCGUUUCGAUAGUAGCAUGUGCAACAAGAAAUUGAUCGGGGCGAGGUUCUUCGCCGCUGGAGCUAUGGCUGGAGGCCUCAGUUUUGACGAAGGAAACGAGUUCUCAUCGCCGAGAGAUAAAAGCGGUCAUGGAACACAUACUUCAUCGACUGCUGCGGGCUCUGCAGUCGCCAAUGCCAACCUGUUCGGGUUUGCUAACGGAACUGCACGAGGAAUCGCAACUCGAGCAAGGUUGGCGAUGUACAAAGCUUGCUCCGUAUAUGGAUGCUAUGGGACCGAUAUCAUCCAGGCCAUGGAUUCUGCAGUCAAGGACGGGGUUCAUAUCCUCUCGCUCUCUCUUGGAGGAGAACCUCGAGAGUUUGACAUUGAUGUUCUGGCUAUCGCCGCGUUCUCAGCUGUCCGAAAUGGCGUAUUUGUUGCAUUCGCGGCAGGAAACAGCGGACCUGACGAGGGGACAGUCACUAACGUCGCUCCGUGGAUCACGACGGUGGGGGCCGGAUCGAUCGAUCGCAAGUUCCCAGCUCGUGUCACGCUAGGGAGCGGCGAAGUCUACAUUGGACAAUCUAUAUAUCAGGGUUCUCCCAACUUUACAGGGAUGGCUCCCCUUGUUUACGUGCCACAAUGUAUGGUGUCUGAUACAAAAGUCAAGGAGAAGAUCCUCGUCUGCGAAUACGCAGACGUCGCAUAUUCGGGCAUGCGGGUGGCUGCAGCUGGAGGCGUCGGUCUGAUCGGACUUACUGGUUCUUUUGACGGUGAAGGAAUCCCCGUUGAGUCAUUCACAUUGCCUGGUUUGACAUUAGGCUACUUCGAAUCACAGAAGCUGUUGAAAUACAUAAACUCGACCUCGAACCCAAUAGCUUCGCUUCAAUUCGAUUAUCGAACAAUCGUUGGUGAGAGCCGAGCUCCAACAGUCGCAGCCUUCUCAUCGAGAGGUCCUAACAGUGUCGUGCCAGAUAUUCUCAAGCCCGAUAUUCUCGCUCCAGGCAUGAACAUCCUCGCCUCCUGGCCUACUGAAACUCCUGUGACUGAUGACUUGAGACGUGCAGGCUUCAACAUAAUCUCCGGUACUUCGAUGUCCUGUCCUCAUAUCGCUGGUGUCGCUGCGCUUCUCAAAGCAGAACACCCAAAUUGGUCGCCAGCAAUGAUUCGAUCAGCGAUGAUGACCACAGCGUUCCCACUCGACAACAGUUAUCGCCCAAUUUUCCUCGACGAGAGCCUGAAGCCUGCAAACGCACUGGCGAUUGGCGCAGGCCAUGUCGAUCCUGUGAGGGCGAAAAAUCCAGGGCUGGUGUAUGAUCUAGGAGUACAGGACUACAUCAAUUUGCUCUGCACAAUGAAUUACACCGAGGAACAAAUUAAAAGGUUUAUGCCAGAGCCAAGCGCGUGCUCGAAAUUUGGAGGAGGGGUGGGGGAUCUCAACUACCCGUCUUUCGUAGCGAUUUUCGACGCGGAGACGAAGGCGAGGACGUUGACGAGGACCCUGACGAAGGUCUCGGAGCUGCCCGAGACGUACGAGGCCAGAGUUGUCAACCCGAGACCCGACAAGGUCGAAGUGGUCGUCGAGCCGAAGAAGUUGUGGUUCGGAGGGCAAGGAGAGAGUCUGAGUUACAAGGUGCGGUUCGUGAGCAAGGUUGAUGAGAUCAGCUACACGGAGGUUGAGAGGGAGUACGGGUACAUAAUGUGGGAGAACACUGAGCAUCAAGUGAAGAGUCCGGUCGUGUUCAUGUGGAAAUGAUCAGAUUCGAGUGAUGUCAAGUUUACGUGUCUGAGAACAGAAAAAAUAUGAAAUCAUGUAGUUAAAUAAGAUCAAGAGCGAGUUUAUGAUGUGUUCUGUCAAUUACCCUAAUUUCAAUGAUAUUUUUCUAGCUCA